GUUCCACGGAUACAAAGUACUCUCAUUUAAUUCUCAACCCGCAUUCUCCAUUCGUCAAUUCCGACUUCGAACCCUCCAACAUUCGACUUUUCAUCUCACCUCAUCACACACACACUAUUCUGUUAAACAGUAACAAGGCUCUACAAUUUGUAUCUGCCUACCUAAUAAUUGAUAUUUCUUCGCUUGAACACAAUCAUCUCACACCACACCACCACACCACCACACCACCACUUCCAACCCUCAAAAUGGUUCUCAAGCGCAAGCGUUCCGAAUCCUCCCUCUCCAGCAGCCCCUUCAGCUCACCCCCGCGAGCCGACCACUUCUCCGCCAUGGACCUGGACACCUCUCCGAUCCGAAUGACCUCGCCUUCACAUCUACACAGCCGAACCCUAAAACGGUUCCGGGACAGCCGUCCCUCCGACGAGGAGAUCCACCAACGGACCUUGAACAAGCUGUACACAGCACAAAAACAACACCUCGCCUCCCAGCAGCACCACUUCGCCGCGACGAACUUGUCUGCCCUCUCCUUGCAGCCUCGUCCCCAAGCCCAGGCCCAAGCCUCCCUCCACAGCUUCUGGAACCUCCCCACCACCACCCCCUCUACUCCCAACAUACACACCACAACCCUCAUCGACCGUCCCCCCUGCGACGGCCCCUCUAACUGCGAGGACUGCGGACAGGGGCUCCACGAGGGCGACGCGAUGGACGUCGACGGGUUCGGUGCGGAGACAGGGGACACGGGGUGUGGCUCCUGCGGCAAGCACGUGUGUUCGCACUGCUCGAUCACGAACCUGGGGGAGCCGCGACGGUGUUUGAUUUGUGCGGGGAAGAAGGUCUGGGUUGGGGGUUUGGGGUGGGCUGGGAUUCAGAGGCUUAGGGUGUGUUGAGGUGGUAUGUGAAAAAGGUGUGGUUUGGCCGCCGUUUUUAAGCUAAGGGGAGAGUAUGUGUUUGAAAAGAUCGUUGAAUGAGGCUUUGAAGAAGCUUUUGUUGGAAGGAUAGCAUGGAGUUUGGGCGAAUACGUAGGUAGGGAUCUUGUUUGUCUUUUGCGUGUGGUGCCUGCUGUUGCUGGUACCUAAUAGAGACACAUGGUGUUGUAUAACAAUGGCAGUUUUUGCUGGGUAUAAACAUGACGUUGGAUGGUUGAAGAAAUAUAUAAGUACCUAACAUUGUUCCUCAAG